CGGUAAUGAAUGAAGAAUCAGAGGCAAUUAUUACAGCUGCAUACAUUUUUAGGUGACCAUCUCUGAAAGUGAAAUCCCUCCCAUUAGCCAUUGCACACUCAUGCUUCAGCUUUUUCUUUCUCGAUUCACAUCAAAACUGCUUAUGCCAGUUCUCUUAUCUCCUUUUAAACGGAUCUGAUCAGAUCAAUUCCCUUUUCAUUUCACUUAAAACCCCGUCGUUUUAGCCGGAUUUCGUUAGCUCAGAACUACAACACAUGUGCAUUGAUCUUUGAUUUGUUUCGAUCUGCUCGGGCUUUUUUAGCUCAUUUUAGCUGAAAUCUUCUCUUCCAUGAUUCCGUUUGUGUGAGACUGAUGAAUUAGACGCAAGCUGAAUUAAAGGCAUUUUGAGGAAGAUGACUUCUGGGUCGAGAUUGCCGACAUGGAAGGAGAGAGAGAACAACAAGAGAAGAGAGAGGAGAAGGAGAGCGAUCGCGGCGAAGAUAUUCACUGGUCUCAGGAUGUACGGUAACUACAAGCUUCCGAAGCACUGCGACAAUAACGAAGUCCUGAAAGCUCUCUGUAACGAGGCUGGUUGGACGGUCGAACCAGACGGCACCACCUACCGUAAGGGAUGCAAGCCUCUGGAGCGCAUGGAUAUAGUGGGUGGAUCUGCUGCUGCAAGUCCAUGCUCAUCUUACCAUCCAAGUCCUUGUGCUUCCUACAACCCAAGCCCUGCAUCCUCUUCUUUUCCAAGCCCAGCUUCUUCUUCCUAUGCUGCUAAUCCUCAUGCUGAUGGGAGUUCCCUCAUUCCAUGGCUUAAAAACCUGUCAUCAGCAUCCUCAUCGGCUUCAUCUUCGAAGUUUCCCCAUCUAUAUAUUCAUAGUGGUUCUAUCAGUGCUCCUGUUACCCCACCAUUGAGCUCUCCAACAGCCCGAACCCCUCGAAUUAAAACUGAUUGGGAGGGCCAAUCUGCCCGCCCUGGCUGGAGUGGGCAGAACUACACUUUCUUGCCUUCUUCAACUCCUCCAAGCCCCGGCCGCCAGAUAAUUCCUGAUCCAGAGUGGUUUGCUGGGAUUCGCCUUCCUCAACCUGGGCCAACCUCUCCCACAUUUAGCCUUGUUGCGUCAAAUCCAUUUGGCUUUAAGGAAGAAGUUAUAGCUGGUGGUGGCUCCCGCAUGUGGACUCCUGGGCAAAGUGGGACAUGCUCUCCUGCCAUAGCAGCUGGCUCUGAUCAUACCGCUGAUGUUCCAAUGUCUGAGGUAGUAACUGAUGAGUUCGCAUUUGGAAGCAAUGCAACCGGGCUAGUGAAGGCUUGGGAAGGAGAGAGGAUUCAUGAAGAAUGUGGAUCAGAUGAUCUAGAGCUCACUCUUGGGAGCUCAAGGACCAGAUAAGAACCACGCAAGGGUAGCUUACUGUUACUAUGUGGACCUUGAAUCCACUCUGGUACUUCUACAGAAUCUAUAACUAGGGGGACCAAGGUGAGCUUGAGCAAACACUAUCAUGUUUUAUAUUCUUUUCAUUUUAACCUUUUUUUAUGAUUAUAACUGGUUAGUUGUCCAAGGCUUGACCAUCUGAGGGUGGUUUCACAACCCUUUCAUUGGGUCAUUCUCUUUAAAGCUAAAUUUGAUUGAUAUACUUGUAUGAAGUAGCCACCCUCAAAGUUAAGUUUGCCAUUGAAUUAAUCUAGAUGAGGCUACAGAUUGGGAUUGUAAUUCAAGGGCUGAGUCAUGUGAAUUAUUUGGAAUAGAGUGGAAUUUUACCA